AUGCCCGGAGAUAUCACCAAGCUUGCCGUGCGCGGCUUCCAGAUCAUCUUCGCUGCCGUAGUAACUGGCUUGUCCAUCGACCUAGCCAAGGGCCACCAUUGGGGCGGUUUACCAGUCACGCUCGGAUAUGUGUCUUUUGUUGGUUGCAUCUCUCUGCUCGCCGGGUUCGCUGGCGUUGCCGCAGUCUUCGUAAGCUCUCUGCAGGGCCAUAUCGAGAUGCUCAUGGACGGAUUCAUUAUGCUUCUCAAUCUCGCCGGUGGUGUCCUCGUCGCCGUCAAGCUUAAGGGUGUCGAGUGCAAAGAUGGAGACGACCAGCCCAACGGCCUCAAUAUACUCACGAAUGAUUUAAUCAAUGGCGGCAAGCACGGCGAUGAUUGCUAUUGGUGCUCUUUCGAUCAUGACCCGAAGCUCCCCUCCAAGCUCAUCUCGCGCUGCAAGAUGAACCAGGCAGACGACGCCUUCAUGUUCCUCACCGUCGUGGUCCUCCUGGUCAGCCUCACGCUCACCUUCCUCCGAAUGAAGAAGGGCUACUAG